CGGAAGUGCCUUUGAAGACAGUAGUACGCACUUCCGGAAACAUCACAGCAGAAGAAGACGCAUUUGCACACUGCGCCUUGUUGUUCAGAUUUCUUGCUGAUUACUGUGGAUAGUGAUACCAUGUGGGAGUCACAUGAGCGUGGAUGAGCCUGAGAGGGGGCCGCAAAGGGGAGAGUUCCUGCACUGUGACUGCACUGGGAGGGAGGGGGCAGGCCUACAUGAGAGGGCCCCUCCAGCCCUCCUGUGUCCUCAACAUAAGCAAUGAACAGCACAACCGAGCCUCCUGUCAUCAUCAAUGGGGAUGUGGCAGUUACCUAUGUCCUGGUUCCAUUUUUCCUCAUCACCAUCAUUGGGAUAGCUGCAGCUGUGGCCAUGUAUAUCCGAAAGAAAAGAAGACUUGACAGAUUACGUCAUCAGCUGUUACCUGUGUACUCCUACGACCCAUCAGAGGAACUGAAUGAAGCUGAACAAGAGAUGCUCUGGAGAGAGGAAGACACAAAGAUUGUACAAGGCUGGGCCAAGAAUUACCACCAACAGCGCCCUCUCCUGACCAAAGAUGUUAAGGGUUGAACUAGUUCCAUUGCAAAUCUACUUGAACGCCUCCAAUCGAGUUUACCCUCCAUGUUUAAGUGCACUGAAGCUACUGAAAAAGCUGAAAAAAGAUAUUCACCCUGCUUUUAUGCUAGGGGCCCACUGCUGUAAGAGAAUGUGCCGCCUUUUAGUUUCCGAUGCCAAUCCUUUGUGCCUGAAAAUGUAUUUAUUAGAUUAUUUAUUGAGUUAAUUUUUAUGCUAUUUGGAAGCAUAUCACUGGAAAGCCUGAUUGUCUAUUUGACGUUUGUUUAAUAUGCAAUGGUGUCAAUAGUGAAACUCCAUAAUGUAUAUAGAGUUUGUACAUUUGAAUUGGUUUACAAUAAUGCCAGCAAUUGUAUUCCAUGUAAAUUUUUUGCAGUUGAACUUUUAUUUGACUCUGAUGAGUCAAUUCAAUACAUCCUUUCGUUAGACAUCCCAAUGGUAUGUGAAACCAGAUGGAACUGAAUUAUACCCACCUACAAGACUCAUUUGUUUCUAAAAUAAGUGGUGACUAGUAUCAAAAAUAUGUCCUGUUUAGAAGGCAUGGCACAAGCUCAAAGUUACUUCUCACUAAAGAAUGCCAUUGAACUGUCGGUAGCAAAACUCAGGAACUGCUCUGAAUAGAGGAAAAGUGCAGUGCAUUGAAGUGGUUAUAGAAUAUAAAUUGAAUACAUUAAAUGUUCAAUCUCUUUUCUGGUGGGGAGUCUCCGUAGAAAUAUGUUUUGACUAGAAUGAUCCAAAGCCUAGUAUUAAAUUUAUCUUUAAAUCAUAGGUGUUUUUAUUGCUCAAAGACAGCCUGCAAAAUGCAUCCUUACUGUGAGCAGGGUCACCUCUACAAAUCACCUGCUUAUCUCCAUAGUGAUGGAUAUGUUUCAGUUUAAUCUCUUAUUUUGGAACAAUCAAUGAAAAAUCAUCUUUGAGACAAGCAGGUAGACUUUCAUCACAAAAAAUGUAAUAGUGCAGCUCUUAAAAUUAGGUUUAAAAAAUUUGCAAAUUAUGAGAUACUGAAGUUCUGCUUUGCCUUUAUAUUUGAAAUAAAUUCAGCGGCUACUGAAUCUACACAUUGCAGUAAAAUGUGUUUAAGUAAAAGAACAAUUGCUCUUAAUCACGUUGUCAGAUUGCUUUUUGUACUCGGAAGAUGCUGUUAGGCCUGUCACAAGAAUCUCCAUUAUUCAUUAAAAGUAAUAUUUUGGCUUCUAUAAAGUUUGUGUGCAUCUUCUCUUUGCACUAGAGAAUUUUUGACUUGUGAAUGAAUGAAAUGAAUGUUUUUAUGUAUUGACAGGCUUAGAUCAUUUUACUUCAUUUCAAUUUUCAUUACAUUUUGUUCAACUCAGACUGUAUGGUUCAACUAUUAAAGGUUUCAUUUUUAAACAUGUUACAAGUCUAAUGAAUGACAGUACUGUGUUUGAGUUUUUGAGAAGGACUGCUCAAAAUAUGGAUACAAAGUAAACCAAAAGUGACAAAGAAAAAUUCUCUUUAUUGACCAUUUCUGAUACAAAUUGUUGUAGGGCACCAUAGAAAUAUAGACAUUGUACAUUUAUAUACGUGUACAUUAAAAAAUGAUCCCAUCUAAUGCAUUCUAAAUGGCGUAUAUUUGAUAAUUAAUUGCGAAUUCACUGGAGGAUGUCAAAGUAAGAGAAACUAAUUGAAUAUACAAUCAAUGUGAUAUGGAAGUGCCAACACACAGUGGCUAGCUGAUCAGUGAACGACCAAAUCAAUGAAAAGCACAUUUGUCCAUGAAAAAUCGGAAAACAUUUCAGUGCACCAGAUUUUUAUUUUUAAAAAGGAUAAAAACACACACCUACUAAACUACCACAGUCAGCGAACACAGUUGCCAAGCUGACAGGUCUCCCUGACUUGCUUCACACAUUAAAAAUCACCUGUCUGCAAGCUCUGUUUAUGAAUGAGCCAAAAAAAAAAAAAAAAAAAAAAAAAAACAA